UGGACUCCAGGCUCUGGGGGAGGAGGAAGAGGCGGGGCCGAGCUCUGAGACAGGGCUCUCAGCCUAUCCAGGCUCUGUAAUUAAUUAACCCAAACGGAUCAAAUUAAGGGUGAAAGUUCACCGAGGAGGAGGGCGCGGUGGCCAGGCUCGGUCGCGGAGCCCCGGGGCCCACAGGCGCGGGCGCGCGUGGUGGCCGAGCCCCUCGGGAGCUGGGGGAGGAGGGGGCGGGGCGGGGGUCCGGAGCAGUCACGCGCCCCCUCCCGCCCCAGGUCUCCCGCUCAGGAUGGGGGUCCCCCGGCCUCAGCCCUGGGGGCUCGGGUUCCUGCUCUUCCUCCUGCCGACACUGCGCGCAGAGAGCCAUCUCUCCCUCCUGUACCACCUCACCGCUGUGUCCUCUCCUGCCCCCGGGACUCCUGCCUUCUGGGUAUCAGGCUGGCUGGGACCCCAGCAAUACCUGAGCUACAAUAACCUGCGGGCCCAGGCCGAGCCGUGUGGGGCUUGGGUCUGGGAAAACCAGGUGUCCUGGUAUUGGGAGAAGGAGACAACAGACCUGAGAAACAAGCAGGAACUCUUUCUUGAAGCUCUCAAAGCCUUGGGAGAAGGAGGUCCCUACACCCUGCAGGGCCUGCUGGGCUGUGAGUUGGGCCCUGACAAUGCCUCGGUGCCCGUGGCCAAGUUUGCUCUGAAUGGCGAGGAUUUCAUGGAUUUUGACCCCAAGCUGGGCACCUGGAGUGGGGAAUGGCCCGAGACUGAGACCAUCAGUAAGAGGUGGAUGCAGGAGGCGGGUGCGGUCAGCAAGGAGAGGACCUUCCUGCUCAACUCCUGCCCCCAGCGGCUGCUGGGGCAUCUGGAGAGAGGCCGCGGAAACCUGGAGUGGAAGGAGCCACCCUCCAUGCGCCUGAAGGCCCGCCCCGGCAGCCCCGGCUUUUCUGUGCUCACCUGCAGCGCCUUCUCCUUCUACCCCCCGGAGCUCCAACUGCGGUUCCUCCGCAACGGGCUGGCAGCCGGCUCCGGCGAGGGUGACUUCGGCCCCAACGGCGACGGCUCCUUCCACGCCUGGUCUUCACUGACAGUCAAAAGCGGCGACGAGCACCACUACCGCUGCCUGGUGCAGCACGCGGGGCUGCCGCAGCCCCUCACUGUGGAGCUGGAAUCACCAGCCAAAUCCUCGAUGCCAGUGGUUGGAAUCGUCAUUGGCCUCUUACUGCUCACGGCGGCGGCUGCAGGCGGAGCUCUGCUAUGGAGGAGGAUGAGAAACGGGCUGCCAGCCCCUUGGAUCUCUCUCCGUGGGGACGAUGUAGGGGCCCUCCUGCCCACUCCUGGCCUGCCCAAGGAUGCUGACUCUUAGGAUAUAAAUGCAUUCUCAGCAGCUGCCUGAUCACCCCCCCCCCCCCCAUCCUGGCUACUACCAGCUAAUGUAGUCAGGCCCCUUUUAUGCUGUGAGACCUCCUGGAAUCCUGGUAUUUCUGAGCCUCCAGAAAGAGUCCUGGGCCCGAUGACCUUCUGGAUUUCUCCUCCUGUGGUCUGCCUCAGUUUCCCCUCCUGAUGAUUAUGACUCUUUUCCACCUCCACAUAUAAACGCGAGUUUGGGCCCAAA